UUCCACGAAACGAAAUGGAAAUUUGUGCGGGGCAGCUGAAUCAAUUUCUCGUCCGUGUUUUUUGUUAAAUGUCCUGGAUCACAAGUAAGUAUUGAGCACGAUGAAAUACGCUACGUCGCCGACGCCCUCGCGGAGCAACAGUCUGCUCGGGGGAAAUUCGAGAGCAAACUCACCGCUGCCAGCACCCUCCUACUAUCGCGGAGAUUGUAUGAGCGCCACGAUGAAAAGCUACAAAUAUCUGCGUCGCUUCGUAAAGUUCGAUCAAAUGGACUUUGAGUAUGCCAUGUGGCAAAUGGUUUACCUUUUCAUAGCGCCCAAAAAGGUCUACCGGAACUUCAACUACCGCAAACAAACCAAAUCACAGUUCGCACGCGAUGAUCCAGCCUUUUUGGUCCUGCUUGUGGCAUGUUUAUGCGUCACAUCGAUAGGGAUGGCGUGGGUGUUAAGCUUAGGAUUUGCACAGACCAUUCUGUUCACGCUGUAUGUCGUGUUCGUGGAUUGCAUCUUCUGCGGCAUGGUAGUGGCCACCUUCCUAUGGUUCUUGGCCAAUCGAUAUCUGCGAGAUCGAAACAGUGACUUCGACAUGGAGUGGGGCUACGCGUUCGAUGUGCAUUUGAACGCGUUCUUUCCGCCGCUGAUACUGCUGCACUUUAUUCAGCUAUUUUUCUACCAUCCGCUCAUCAGCAAAGAGUGGUUUCUCUCGACCUUCAUCGGCAACAGCGUCUGGCUGUUGGCCCUGGGCUACUACAUCUACAUCACGUUCCUUGGCAUAGACGUGGUGCCCAGUUUAAAAAAUACCCGAAUAAUCCUCGUGACGUUGCCCCUGCUGGUCCUGUUCUACAUCGUGACCCUCAUCAUUGGGUGGAAUCUGAGUGUCUCCUUGAUGUACUACUAUCACUACCGAGUUCUUUAAGGACAACUCAUGGGGCUGUUGAGAAAUAAAAACGAAAACGAUUCGAAAAAGGAUAAAAA